AUGAUUCAGGUGUGAAGUGAUCAGAGCAAAUUAGAAAUGGGUCUAAAGGCUCUUCUUCCUUUCUCUCCCCCCUCAUAUAAAUAUGUCCCCAAUCCGAUGCCUACUUAUUCUUCUACCAUUAACAUCAGAGGAGCUUCUGCCACUGUGGUUUCUGUGAAAGCACAGGGCGAGAAAAAUAAUCAGAAGAAGGAAGAAGAAAGCAAACCCAAGAAGGAACAGUCCUUGUUGGGUAGCGUGAUGGAUGCUCUGGAUUUCUCCCAGGUCCGAUCAGAGAAGGACGCAGAGCUCCUUCAGGAGGCUAGAGAAACCACCCAGUCUGGUGAGAGGAUGACAAAAGAACAGUACGGAGCUCUGAGAAGGAAGAUUGGAGGGACAUACAAAGACUUCUUCAAGUCAUAUGUCGAAGUGGAUGGGGAGUAUGUUGAGGAAGGAUGGGUAGACAAAACAUGCAAAGUUUGCAAAAAGGACACAAAUAAUGAGCCAAGACAGGUUGAUAAGCUGGGAAGAUACGUUCACAUCGCUUGUUUGAAUAACAAAUCUCAAUCCCCAAACUUUUUUACUAAGCUAUUCUCCCUCUGACCAAUUACAAUAUUGUUGUUGUUAUACUAUUUUUAAUCCAUUUUGCUUAUAAUAUCAAGAAUCAUAUUACGGUUUUUA